AUGACGAUGGGCAAAGAAGAAGAAAAACAACAACAACAACAACACAUUCCGUGGCGUCCGAGAGAUUUCUCGAGCGUGAAGAAUCAUCCUUUGAGCGGGAUAACUUUCGCGCAGUGGUAUCGGUUGGUGAGGAAGUAUCGCGGGGACAUCGAGUACUUUCGGUAUUUCCCUCGACUGGUUUUUCUGACCGUGAUGUCGAUGUUCAACGCGCUCUUUGCGUGCGUUGAGAUGGUGUGUUACGGUAGCGCGAUUUCUAAAACGAUCGUUGACGAUGAUCCGGUCAUCAUCGUCGGUCAUCCGAGAACUGGGACGACGCAUUUGCACAAUCUUUUAACUCUAGAUGAGGAUUCGUUUUACACGUGCACGACGUUUGACGUCGGGUUUCCGAGCUCGUUUCUGUUGUUUCCAAAACGAGUGAGGGAAAUGUUAAAAACAAUCAUGGACGACACGAGACCUAUGGAUAACAUGAGAUUGGCCCACGAUUCGCCGCAAGAGGACGAAGUGGCGACGAACCAGUUAUCCAGUUGUCUCGCGUCGCCGUACGCGCCUUUGAUGUUUCCGAAAUUGGAAGAAAAGUUUCGACCGUUUUAUCGCUUGGACGGAGAAGACGAAGAGUAUCCGUGCAAACUGGAAGACGCUCGAAUUUGGCGCGAUAAUUUUUGGUAUUUCGUGCAAAAAGUCACGUAUGCCGCAGAAAGCAGUCGAAAGAAAGACGAUGCUCCGAAGAAGAAAAGACGAAGAUUGGUGUUGAAAUCGCCCGUGCAUAUGGCUCGGAUCAAACUUUUAGCGCGCAUGUUCCCGAAGGCCCAGUUUUUAGUGUGCCAUCGUCACCCGUACGAAACCUUUCAAAGCGCGGCAAAUAUGGCCGAUAAGUAUUACUGGUCCUGUUUCUUGCAAGCACCCAGAAAUCGAGAAGAAAUCGAGGAGUUUAUAUUUCGACAAGGUGAGAUUUUACACGACGCGUACGAGAAGGAUUUGAAAGAUAUCGAUGAUCUAACACCCCGCGUGAUGGAAAUUCCUUUCAAAGAGUUGGACGAAAAACCGCUUCAAACUUUAGAGAAGAUUUACAACAAGUUUGAGUUUAAGCCCAGAAAAGAAAAGUACAAAGGGAGCGACGCAGAAACGAAAGCGAAAGCAUACAUCGAAUCCUCGGCGUUAAAAAACUUCAAGAAGAACGCGUUCGCGGCGGAUUUGAGCCGAGCGACGAAAAGAGAAAUCAACCGGCGCUGGAGAACGUGGUUUCGCUUGUUCGAUUAUACCAAGUUUUAG